AUGGCCACUACUGAAGAACAAGCUGUCCCGAUCGAGUCCGCGGCUGAGAUUCCGGCUCCCGAGGUUCAGGAGAGCAAAGAAGCACCGGCGCCGGAGCCCAAAGAGCCGAAGACGAAGAAGGCUCCUGCUACAAAGAAGCGCACCUCCCCCACCCACCCUCCGUACUUCGAGAUGAUCAAGGACGCGAUCGUCACGUUGAAGGACCGGACUGGAUCGAGCCAGUACGCCAUCGCCAAGUUCAUCGAGGAUAAGCAGAAGAGUCUGCCUUCGAAUUUCAAGAAGGUUCUGCUCGUCCAGCUUAAGAAGCUCGUGGCCAGCGAUAAGCUCGUGAAGGUGAAGAGCUCCUUCAAGCUCCCGUCGGCUCGCCCGGCCAAUCCAGCCCCUCCGGCGAAGAAGAAGUCUGUUUCCGUCCCGAAACCUAAGCCCAAAGCCUCCAGCACCAAGGAAAAGAAGGCGGCCAUCUCCAAAGCCAAACCGAAGGCUAAAACUGCCACCGCGAAACCAAAGGCUAAAACUGCUGCCGCGAAACCGAAGGCUGGCGCUAAGCCAAUUGCAAAGGCCAAAGCGGCUGCCCCUGUGAAGGCCAAGGCCGGAACAAAGAGGAAGGCGCCGGAAACCUCAAAGGCUGAGAAAAAACAGCCGGCUAAGGUGGCGAAGCCAGCAGCUAAGUCGACUCCGAGAAAGAAGGCUGCUGCUGCGGCUCCCCAGAAGAAGGCUCCGGCGAAGAGCGUGAAGCCGAAAUCCAUCAAGUCGCCGGCGGCAAAGAAGGCUGCCUCCAAGAGGGGAAAGAAGUGA